GGGGCUUGGAACAAAAAAUUCCAGCUGGAGCCUUCCAGCUGACUCAGCAAAUCUCCUCCUGGAAGCUCAUGAAAGAUGCUGGACAAGCUCAAGGAUCGCUGGAUUCACACUGGCUUGUGGAAAAACCUGGAGCUGGUGAAGACAGUGAUUGCAGAGCCUCAGGGAGGGGCAAAGAGUGACUUUGAUGAGCUGCUGAACUUAUACUAUGAUGCAAUAAAGUGUAAAGGGGAAAAAGAUGGAGCUCUGCUCAUCGCUGUGUGCAGGGGCAAGGUCAGUGAGGGGCUGGACUUCUGCGACGAGAACGCCCGGGCCGUGGUGACCAUCGGGAUCCCCUUUCCCAACGUGAGGGACCUGCAGGUGGGAUAG